AUGUCUUCAUCUUAUUCACAGAAUCGGGUAAUCCACCAAGACUACAUAGCACGAAUACGGUAUUCGAAUGCUUUACCACCGCCUCCAAAUCCACCAAAGCUGCUUGAUAUUCCUAACACUGGCCUUGCUAGUGGUCAGUAUACAAAUCCUGGAUUUGCAUCGCGACUCGCUCGAGAUCAACCACUAAACAUCGAAGCCGAUGCCGAGCUUGGCAUGCCCCUCGACAUGGUUGGUUUGCCUGGUGUAUUUGAUGGCGACGAGAGUUAUAUUCAAGCACCACUAAACAACCCUGUUCCUCAUCCUCAAGAUCGUGCGCUCCUUCGUCCUCUAUCUACUUUAGGGAAGCCUAAGUUAUCCGAAUCUGGCGUCUCAUUUUUACGGCGUACUGAAUAUAUUUCAUCCUACACAUCCAAAUCGCGUUUUGAAUCAACCACGUCACGAUCGUUAGUGAAUAGCACUGCAAUUCGAAAAAGUAAUAGGCCGGCACAAAAUCUUAACAAAGAAUCACCAGAGUAUAUACAAAAUCAAGUGGAGAAAACCUUUGAAACUGCUACCCACAAUCUGAAGAAUCCAAGUUUAAUCCGGCAUCCCUCAAAACGAAGUCUAAAGCUAGUUGACUGUUAUCCCGUACUUCCAGACUUGGAUUCCUUCCCAGAUGCUGGGGGCUAUGUUUCGAUUAAGUUUCUCACCAACCCUGUCCCACCAAGCUCGACAUACGACAAACGCCUCGAGAGUAGCCUUUUAAAACCCAUAGAACCCUCCGAAGAAUUUGAAGCUCAAAAACAGAUCGCGAGAGAUCUUCAUGAGCGUGAUCCAGAAAGAUAUCCAGCGCCUGAAGAAAGGUUCGAAUACGAGUUUUUCUUGACGGAGACGGUUUCAGAAAGUCUUCAGUUCAAACGAAAAUUCGACCCACAAAACCCAAGCAACAAGGACGAGAGUUUAUAUCCACAAAAAACUUUAGAUGGUAAAGGCUGCUUCCGAUUCAAACGUGUACGAGCCUACGAGAGCUCUACCCAAUCUGGCGAUACAUCGACGAAGUAUGACGAUGAGGUUGUUAUUGCCAUUCAGGAUGGUACAGAUGGACUAAAUGCAAAAGGUGCGUACUAUUAUCCAAUCGUACAAAAAACCUCCAUAAGACCACGACGCACGAAGAACAUUGACACCAAAAAAUGGAACACUGUCGGAGGGCAGGAUGAAUUAAGACGACAAACAGAUUUUGUAGAUCUCAUAAUAGAGGAGCCAGAUGAAGAAAUGCAGCGAGCACGAGAUGUUUUUCGGACAAUGCCCUAUGGGCCUGAAGAGAAUAUUGGAGAUCAGCAAGACGCUAAAGAACAGUCGCCCAGUGACGAUUAG